GAUAGAAAGGAAUUCUGAUACUUGGCAGCUUGCCUUGCGAAAGGCACAGACUUCUUGGCUUGAGAGCUACAGACCAGACUGGUUUUUCCUUCAUCCACUUAUCGCGGGCUGGUCGGCUGAGGCCCUCCCUCAGGGUGCCUGGGUGGAGGUGACUUGUCACUGCCACCCGCUCACGUAGGACAAGGCACUUGCUGCUGUCCGGGAGAGAGACACAAAAAACAGCCAGCUCAGAUUUGGCAGCUGCAGGCGCAGGAUGUCGCUGGUGAAUGGAGUCGAGAGACGAUCCUUGGUCAAUGAAAUCCUCAGGCACCUGCCCCUUGCGGAUAAGACAGCUGUUUGGGGCACUCUGGGGACGAUCAGACCCCACCUGAACUUUGAGGUGGAAAAGGAUGUCCAAACUCUCCUUGACGCCGUCAGUGGGAAAGGUGUUGAAUAUGUAACCGUCAUUGACCUACUGACCAACAGGAGCAAUGAACAGAGGCAGCAAAUUGCUGAAGAGUUCCUGAAUUUCACGAAACAGGACCUCCUGAAAACUCUGGAAGCAGCUUUUUCCGGGCACCUGGAGGGCGUGAUCAAGGGUCUGCUGAAGCCGGCAGCUCAGUUUGAUGCUCAUGAAAUCAACCUGGCCCUGAAGGGCCUGGAGGCAGAUACGCUUCUCGAAAUCCUCUCCACCCGAACCAGCCAGCAACUUCGGGAGAUCCUGGGUUGCUACAAGCAUGAUUUCAGUUUGGACCUCGAGAAGGACAUCGCUUCGAAAACCAGCGACUUCCUUCAGGGUCUCCUGGAUGCCUUGAUCAAGGGCAACCGUGAAAGGUACUCUGGGGUCAUUGACUAUGUCUUGAUACGGCAAGAUACUCAGGCCCUCGCGGGUCCCGGAGGUGGCGACCCGGGCAGGUUGGAUGAGAGCGAGUGGAUCAGGAUCCUAACCGAACGGAGCCCCCAACAUCUAAACAGAGUGUUCGUCUGGUACCACAAGAAGACUGGGCUCCAGGUGGAGGAAGCCAUGAAGAAGUACUUAGAGGGGAAGGCCCUCGAGGCUGGCUUGACCCUGGUCUCUAUCCUCAGAAACACCCCUCUCUAUUUUGCCAUAAAGCUCUACCAAGCGGUUAAGGGUCCAGAAACCAGCCCGAGAACUCUGGCCCGCAUCCUGAUUUCCCGUAGCGAAACCGACCUGCUCAGCAUCCGAUCCGAGUUCAGGAAGCAUUAUGGGAUUUCUCUCUACUCCUUCCUCCAGGCUGAAAUGAAUGGCAACUACCAGACCGCCUUGCUUGGUCUGUGCAGAGCAGAAGAUCUGUAAGUUAUGCCCUCUGCUGACGAGCCUCUGUGUGCAAAAGCAGUCUACCUCUGAAUACCAGGCAAAUGCUUACAUCAGCCAACCACCUCUUCCUCCUGAAGGCCCUGGAGUCCGGCCAAAAGUCACCCUCAGAGGAUCUCGAUUCUCCAUUUGCGCUAAUUUCUUCUUGUUUCUCGGUUGGUUCUGGAAAUAUUCGGGGGGGGGGGAGGCUGGGAAUGAUUUAAGGAGAAAGAGCGAGAUGCCGUAUGUAUUUCUUGCUGAGCCAAUGCAAACUGUUUAAUUUGGUUGCGAACAUCCAGCCAUUUCUGUGCUGGGGGGCAAAAUGGAAUUAAUUGCUCACGAGUCGUGAUGGUGAGUUGCUACCGCCAACAUCAGAGACCGUUUCUCCACUGGACGCUGCUGGCUGCCUUUUCCUCUGGGCGAUACGAACCAAUCAGGGAUCCUGUGCUGAAUUUACAUUCACAGAAGCUGGAAUCUGGAACACCUGUGGCCCUUCAGAUGUGGCUGGACUCUUAUCACCUGUAGUCAGUGUUGGUGGAAGUUGUAGUCCCUCAAUAUUUGGGGAGGGGGCACAGGUCCCCCCCCACAUCCAUCCCAGCAGCGAAGGAUAACCUAUCAGCCUUUCUCAGGAACUACAACAUCCCCAUAUCUGGAACCGUGUAGUUUAACAUAUACCGUAUUUUUUGCUCCAUAAGACGCACCAGACCAUAAGACGCACCUAGUUUUUGGAGGAGGAAAAACAAGCAAAAAAAUAUUCUGAAUCUCAGAAGGCAGCAAGAGGGAUUGCUGCGCAGCGAAAGCAGCGAUCCCUCUUGCUGUUCUGGCUUCUGGGAUAGCUGCGCAGCCGCAUUCACUCCAUAAGACGCACACACAUUUCCCCUUACUUUUUAGGAGGGAAAAAGUGAGUCUUAUGGAGCAAAAAAUACGGUAUAUUGCAGGUCUUUCUGUCUUGGUAAGCUCAGCUUUUCUCCACCACCUGACCUAUUUAGCACCACCCUUUCUUUAAAAAUGAAGUACGUGAUAAUAAAGUACCUCUGAGCAUAUAACGGAGUGUUUUUCCCCCUCUUGAGGCAGAUGUAAAUGGCUCUGGCACCUCCCUGUUUUACAAACUGAGUUGGGCUGCGCUCAGUCGAUUCCUUUUAUCGUUCAAAAACAGGCUGGGAAAUUGCCUCGGUUAAGUCAGGCAGCAGAUUGGGUGUUAAGAAGGGGGAAAUUUGCAAAAAAACUGUGAGGGGCAGGAACUUCGAAGAGGCGUUCUUUCUUUUCCACCAGCCAUGAUGGGACAAUACAGCAGUCUUAGAAGAGGCAGACCGCUUGCUUAAUGCACUAAAAGGGAGCAUGUUUUCAUGUCUACCCUGAGAGGCAGACUAGGCUGAGAGGCAGUUUCAUGGACGAGCAGGGAUUCGAACCCGGACCUCCUAGACCAAUUCUCUAACCACUGUACCAUCCUGGCUCUCUACCCCACACUGGAGUUCCCGCUCCUCCAUCCCUCAAAAUUUUAGGGGCACAUCACGGCUGCCCCAAAUAUUUUUGGUGUUUCUAGUUUAGGGAAUUCAAUUCCCACCCGGUGUUUUUACCAUCCACCAUUUUAAUUUUUAAAACGACUCCAAGUCCUUCUCCAAUUAUACUCUUGGAUUCCUGACGAGAGACCUGAAGACCCCAGAUUGUCCCCAUUCCUGCCCCCCCCCGAGGCAAAGGUGCAGAUAAAAACAACAUCAGCACUGGGCUGUGUAAGAAUGUGGCUGCCAGACUGCUGACUGGGAGCGGCCACCAAGACCAUAUACUGUAACACCAGUCCUGAAAGACCUACAUUGGCUCCCAGUACGUUUCCAAGCACAAUUCAAAGUGUUGGUGCUGACCUUAAAAGCCCUAAAUCAGACAUAGCCAAACUCGGCCCUCCAGCAGUUUUGGGACUACAACUCCCAUCAUCCCUGACCACUGGUCCUGUUAGCUAGGGAUGAUGGGAGUUGUAGUCCCAAAACAGCUGGAAGGGCCGAGUUUGCCCAUGCCUGCCCUAAACGGCCUCGGCCCACUAUACCUGGUGUCCACCCCCAUCAUCCAGCCUGGACACUGAGGUCCAGCUCCGAGGGCCUUCUGGCAGUUCCCUCCCUGCGAGAAGUGAGAUUACAGGGAACCAGGCAGAGGGCCUUCUCAGUGGUGGCGCCUGCCCUGUGGAACACCUUCCCAUCAGAUGUCAAGGAAAUAAACAACUACCUGACUUUUAGAAGACAUCUGAAGGCAGCCCCGUUUAGGGAAGUUUUGAAUGCUUGAUGUUUUAUUGUUUUUAAUAUUCUGUUGGGAGCCUCCCAGAGUGGCUGGGAAACCCAGGCAGGUGGGUGGGGUAUAAAUAAAUUAUUAUUAUUAUU